GUUUAGGAUUACUCACUAAAGUUUCAAACAGACGAAAAAAAAGAACCCAAGUGUUGUUAUAGCAACAAAGGCAAAGGCAAUAUCGAUCGAUUUCUCGACGCUUUCUUCUUUUUUCGUUGUUUGGUCGAUUUUCUUAUUUUCUUGUUUUUUUGCCUACCCUCCUGAUUCUCAAGCUCCUCCGCAAUGUCGAGCGAUCUGAUCAGCAAAUACACCUUCAAGGAUGACUACGUCAACCCGCGUGGGAUUCCACGCGUUGCGUUCAUCGACAACACGGCGGAGCUCGUGAAGUCGAGCGGGGAUUCUGUCGAAACCAUCCUCAAACGGCUGGGGGAGCAGUAUAGCAAGUACAAACUCGCGGAGCACCGCCUCAUCCGCAGCGUCGCGAGCCUCGAAUCGAAGAUACCGGAUAUCAAAAAAACCCUCAAGACGAUCGACUUCUUAGAAGCCCAGCUCGAUGGUGCCGAUGGUGGGAAAGGAUUUAAUACGAAUUACGGAUUAACGGAGAGCGUUUUCUGCCAGGCUCACAUUCCACCACAGAAGACGGUGCAUCUUUGGCUGGGCGCGAAUGUGAUGGUGGAGUACAGCUUCGACGAAGCGAGAAAACUCCUUGAGCGAAAUUUAAAAAGCGCGACGGAGAAUUUGAGCAAAACGCAGGAGGAUCUGACGUGGCUGCAGGAGCAACAGACCACCUUGGAGGUGAACACCUCACGUAUUUACAACUACGACGUCGUGCAGCGGCGGGGAAAGGAACAGAAUAAAGGGACUCAAUAG